AUGGUUGAAGAGGAGACCGAAGUAAAGAAGCUCUCUUGGUUUCACUGGUUUGUUACCAACUGGCUAAUUAUGGAUCCUGAGCUUAUCAAACAGGAUGAUAAAAAGGUUGCUAAAAAAAAUUAUCAAGUACAAAAUCAUGAUGGUAUGAAAUAUAUAUACUUAUUUGGUGGUAGACUUAGAAGUAUUAAACAAAAACCAAUCAACUUGGCUACCGGGAUAAUAAUCUUGAUUCCAGGAAUAUUGUUUUGGAUUUUUGAAGCACCCUGGCUUUGGCAUAAUAUCAAUCCUUCAGUAGUAAUACUUUUCAGUUAUUGUUGGGCUUUAUGCUUAAAUUUUUUCAUUAGAGCGACCACUAGUGACCCUGGUAUAUUGCCCCGCAAUAUUCACGUCCCUCUUACUUUAAACACUUUGAAGUUUAAUCCUCUGGGGGCUCCUGACGAGUAUUUCAAUACUAUUUCUCUUCCUUAUCAUACUGAUUCAACUAAUUAUGGUGUUUCUGUUAAAUAUUGUCCUACCUGUCAUAUAUGGCGUCCUCCAAGAACAAGCCAUUGUGGAACAUGCAACUCAUGCAUCACAACUCAUGAUCAUCAUUGUAUAUUUUUGAAUAACUGUGUUGGUUCCCGUAACUAUAAGUACUUUCUUUGGUUUUUAUCAUCCGGUAUCAUCACUUCAAGUUUUUUGGUCAUUUUAUCUUUCAUUCAUCUUUUCCAUUAUAAAAUUUCAAAGUCCUCGAGCAUACAUCAUUUUUCGUCUUCCCUUAGUACUACUCCAUUGAGUCUUGUCCUCGUCAUUUAUGGAAUCUUAGUUGGAGUAUAUCCUUUCCUUUUACUCGGUUUCCAUAUAUUUCUCACUUCAUUCAAUAUGACUACAAGAGAAUACCUCAACUACGUCCGCGAGAAUUACAAACGUGAUAUGGAUGAUCGCUAUAUCAAUGUUUUUGAUACCUUAUCUGUUUUCAAAAAUAUCUACAUAAAUUGGUUUGGUACCCCUAAGGGUAUUUCUAGCUUUAGUCUUAAAGAAGUAUAUGAUCCCGGUGAUACUCGCUUUCAGAGGUUCAAUCCUUUACGAUCAUUCGAAAACUAG